AUGAAACGAAGUUGCUCAGUUAAGAAUGUGGAUUUGAUCUCACAAUGUUCCAUUCUAUUUCAUUCAUCGAUAAACAAUAUACUCAGGAAGUCAUUCUCAGCUGAUGUUCUUGACAGGACGGAAUGUCAACAAUCGUUCAGAGUUCGAUCGCUAAGUAAUUUUUCUAUCAAAUUUUGCAAUUUCAAAAGUCAAAAUUUUGUUAAUAUUGCUGAUCAUCACGACGAUACCAAUUUUAUUUCGUUGACCAGUUCUUCUACACCUAUUGAAAUGGAACGAAUUACAGUUUCAUUGUCAGCACUUGAUAAAGAAAUUGAUACAAUUUAUUGUAUUGGAAGAAAAAGAAGCGUAAGUGUUGAUGGUCGACAUCGAUCUAAUUCACGAAAUUUAGACUUACACGAGAAGUCGGAUAAAAUUCCACCAUUUUGUGAAGAUUUAAGUGCAUUAAUGGAAGAGCCAUUAUUUGAUCCAUCACUAUCAUAUUUUAUUUCAAGACAUAAUACUUCAUCAGAUCAUGAAUCUACAUAUGAUGAAAUUGAUAAUAGCCAUGAUAAUAUGCAAUAUAUAUCAACUGAUUUAAAUAAAGUAAAAGAUAAUUGGAAUUGGCAAUCAGUGACAAAUUUAUCUGCAAUUCAAAUUACACCCAAUAAAGAAAUGUUAUAUGAGGAGGAGCAACAUCUUGAUUUGCAAAAUCUAUCAGAUGAAUUAUCAUUAUUGAGGAAUUCCAACACACUAUCCGAUUCAUCUACAAUUAAUGGAACUGAAUUAAAUUUUGUUCCACAGGUUGCAAAAUUAUUUCAAAUUGAUCCUACCGAUGAAACAGAUGGCUAUAUCUUUCAGGAACUUGAACGGCAACCUGAACUGCAUGAAAUACAAUUGAAAAAUGAACAUUCGUCGGAUACUGUUAAUCCUACUCCAUCAUCAUCAUCGUCAUCACCUUGUAUCAAAUUUCUAGCAACACUUUCGGGUUCUUCACGUGAAUUAAGCGUUAUUUCGGAACACAGUGAUCCCUAUGCUGAAAAUGAAAUGUACAAUUCAGAUUUAUCAGUCAGUGAGGCUAGUUUACUUGAAACAAAAAAUGAAAUCGGUGAAAAUGAAGGAAAUCAUCAUGAAAGAGCUAUUGAUGUUGAUGGUAUUGUUUCACAACAUCGUCGUUGGCGUUCUGAAAGUAAAAAUGUACUUAAAAAAAUGUAUGAUCAAGAAGAACGGAUAUCAUUAAAGAAACUAGUACCAUUGCGUACUUCAUCGUCGCGAAAUGGUGAGCUUUCGGGACGUUGCAAAAGUCAAAUGAUUUUGAAAGAGGAAACUGAUUUCAUUAAGAAUUGGGCAAAACUUCAAGUAACAGAUGAUAUUAAAAAUUUGUCAUCUUCAUCACCAAAUGUCAAUGAAAUGGUUGUAUCAUCUGCAUCUCAUCAAGAUAAUAGUGUUGAACAAAUACCCCAAAAUAUUCGACGUCAUGCAGAUAUUCAGCAUAAAGAGAAGUAUAAAUGGAAAGAAGCUUUACCAGCAGCAUUUGGUCCACAUCAGGUCAUUGGACCAAUUCAACGAUCUUCUCGAACAUCAAUUACUGCUUCCACACGGAAGACAUCUGAUAGUUCUAUACAAUAUGAAAAGAAAAUUCGUGUUGAAAAGAAACAUUCACGAAAGACAAGUACACUAUUCGAUUUCUUUCGUAAACCGGAUUUACGAUAUUUUUCGGAUUUUGCUACACCAAUUAAUGAUAAGCGAUCAACAGUUGCAGAGGGAUUUGAUGGAGCACUGGAUACGCUAACGAAACCAUUAUUGGAUAAAAUACCAAAUACAAUUGGUGCUAGUGAUGGUCGUCAUUUAGCUUCACAAUUUAGCAAAGAAGCACAAAGAUUUAUUCCAGAAUUGAAUAAAUCAGAAUGGGCUGAUUUGGACUUAUGGACUGAAGAACCAGCAACAUGGUCAUCCAAUAAUUAUUCUCUCAAAUUAAGUAAAAAAGAGCGAAAGAAACAAGAUAUUAUUCAUGAGUUAUAUUUGACUGAGAAACAUCAUUGCCAAGUACUGGUAAUCCUUCAGCAAGUUUAUCAAGAAGGUCUUCGAAUAAAGAAUAUUUUGGAUGAAGCAAAACAAAAUGAGCUAAUUCCACCCGUAUUGGAUGCAUUGCUUGAUUUUCAUCUUAAUUUUUUGCGACGAUUGAAUCAGAAACGAAUGGAAACAGAAGUUGUUAAUUCGGUAGCAAAAAUUAUUUAUUCAGAGUUCGAAAAAGGAGAGCGAAACCAAGCUGCAGUAUAUGCUUAUACUGAAUUUUGUUCAAAAUAUGAUCAGUGUGGUCGUUUGUACGAUGAAUGGAUGAUGAAGAAUGCUGAACUUAAGAAAUUUUUUGAUCAGUAUGAGCAAGAUUCAACUUAUAAAGGGCGAACAUUUAAAAUGUGUUUGUUAUUGAUUGCUCAAAGAUUAACUAAAUAUCCUGUACUAGUAGAAAAAAUUACCGAAAUGGAAAAUGGUACAGCAAAAGAGGAAAGUAUACGAGCUCAUCAAGCAGUGAAAAAAUUUGCGAUGCAUGUUAAUAAUGAAAUUGCUAAAUUAGAAGUAAGUAGACGUUGGGAUCGAGUACGCUCACAAAUGGAUCGUACGUCAAAAGGUCGUUUUGGACCAAAUGAUUUUUUUACAUAUGAUGAUCUCAUACUAAAUGGUAGUGAUGAGGAACGACGUGUAAUUUGUAUAGGUGGUGCAGUUUGCCAGAAUUCACAGAAAAAACAUUCUGAAGGAACAGAAGUUGUAAUAGUAUUGUUCGAUGAUAUUCUAAUUUUGCUGACAAAUUCGAGUAACAACAAAUAUGUAUUUCUUGAUCGUGGAUCUGGAAGCACAGUGAUUGCGCUAAACAAAUUAUUGGUUCGUGAAGUGCCACGUAGUACGAAAUUAUUCUUUUUACUUUCUGAUGAUCCGUGUCCUGAUUUGUUUGUUGUGAGUUUUACUUCUAAAGCUGAUGUUGAUCAAUGGAAGAAAGCAAUUGAAGUGUCAAAAAAUAUGGCACCAAUAUAUGUGAAACGAGCAACAGUUGCAAGUGGUAUGAAUUUACCGGAUGAAGAUCCGGAAGAAAAAAAGCUUAAUGAAGAAAUUGCAAUUUGGGAAGAGAAACUGCGUGAAAUUUUUGAUAAGCGUAUAAAAGACGAAAAAGAAUUGUCUGAUUAUAUUGAGAAACGAUUAAUAUGGUUUGAACAGCUUCGUUCGCAUAUUGCAAAAGUUCCACUAACAGAUCGAACAGAUAUGAGUCGGAAUGUUGUACGAGAAAAGUUAAAAAGUUUGGUUAAACAAAAAUUUGCUGAAUUACGUGGAGCAAGAAGAAGUUCAUUGAGUAAAAUUGCGCAACGUGCUGAACGAAUGUAUGAAGAUGAUUUUGUAUCAUUUUUUGAUGAUAUAUAUGAUGCUAGCAUUGGAACAUCAGAUUCAAAUCAUUCAACAGAUCAUAGUGAGAGUGAUGAAGGUCGUCAGAAAUUACCAAGACGAAAUCGUACCUUCAGUGGUAUCGGUGAACGAAGGAAAGGUGGUUCUGUGCGACGGCAUACAACCGAACCUCAAAUAGCUGAUGUAAGAAUUUAUGGUGAAGAACAUGAUUCAGCAGCAGAAGAGGAAGAAAGGAGAAAACUUCCGUUACUUUUGAGUCCGAUGGCACGUCGUGCAGCUAUAAGUAUUAUUCGAGAAAACGCUCAACUCAGGGUUGAAAAUAAUCAAUUACAAAGUGAAAUUGCUUUUCGUGAGUUACGUAUUGCAUCACUAAAAAGUCGACGUUUGGCGGCCGUUCCAGCUAGUGCAUUGGAAGCAUUACGCAACAAACAGAAUGAAUUACAAAAUGAUAAACGUGAAUUUAAGAUAUUUUGUGAACUUCGUGUAGAUGAAAUAAAUCGACGAACCACCGAAUUGUUAGAGAAAGAGGCUGAAUUGAAAAGUCGUGAGGAGCAGUUACAAGAGCAGUGGAUUAAAUUUUAUGAAAUAAAUAAUUCAAGCUCACCUACUCAUCUUUCACAUGAUACAACAAGAUCGGUCAAUUCGGCACCUUCACUUGAUCGAUCAAUAUCGGUACGUAGCGUAACAUCGCUCAGUAAAUCAACAAGUGGUUCAUCGAUACCAUUACAUCUAGCCGAAAAAACUGCCAAAAUAUCUCGCUCAAAAAAAUGA